AGGGUCUAAUCUAUAGUUACGCCAAUAUACUUCAUGAUAUAUUUCUCCUAUAUUUCUUUAAUCCGCUUUAAUCUAUGGUGCCGUCAGUGCAUGAGUGCAAUCAUAGUUUAAUAUAAUAAAUAAUAAUAAAUAGGUGUAGUAUAAAACGUAAUUUACAUACUAGUAAAGUUGUAAAAGUUGUAAUAAAUGGCUACAGAAAGAGAAAAAACCGAAAUUCUAAAGAAUCCAGAACUUCUACCCCUGAAUACUUUAUAUUUAAGCAAAAAAACUGUAAUUAGGAAGUCUCACUAUCCCUCAGAAAAGUUGGGUUUAAAUGAUAUAGAAAACUUGGAAUCUAUAGAUUUUAGUAAAAAUUAUACAACAAAAUUUGAAAAACUUAAAGCAAUUUCACCUGAAUGGAUAUUAAGAAAAAGGCAGUAUUAUAAUUUUCAACCAUAUUGUUACACUUAUAGCUUAAACGAAGACACUGAAACAUUUAUUGAUAGAAAUGUGUUAUUCUUAGCAAGCAUACAGCAUUUGUUGGAUUGUACGUACAGAUACUUUUGGUGUUAUGUGUUGUGUGAGUCUCGUGUUAGUAGAGUGUUAAAUAGUUUUCUUGAGAAAGCUAUCUUUAAUUAUGACACAAAAUACAUGAACAGUGAUUGCUUAGAAAUUUAUGAGGUUGUUUGUACAGCUGUUUAUAAAAUCUUUGGACGAAUGAUUUCUCCUCACGAAUCCAAGACUGAAUUUAUGCCAGAAGAUUUUGUAUUAGAAAAUCUCUUCAAAUGCCACUAUCUUAAUCUAAAAAAUGUAUUGGUAUUGAACUUUUUAUUUAAUGGAACUACUGUAAAUGAUUUUGUAGAUAGACUAAUAAAAUUCUAUUUUACAAAAAAAUUUGAAAGUAAAAUUAAGGAGGAGCUACAAGAGUUAUUAAAUGAAGCUGUUAUGGAAUUGGAAACAGUUGAGGCAAAUGUUUGUGUCAAUUACGAAGGAUUCAUUGCAGUACCAGCUGCAACAAAAAUCAAACCAGGUCAGUUUGAUCCAGGUUGGUUGGAAGAAAUGGUGUCAAAAAUAUUACAUUUUGGAAGUAUUUUGAGCACACUUUUUUCAAGAAAUGCUUCUUUCAUUGACUCGGUAACAGGAUCAAGAAUUAUUGAAAUAAUUGCUCCAUUCUAUGAUAAGGUACUUCCUGAAUUACUUGAAUGCAUACCAGAUGAAAAUGAUACACCUGAAAAUUUAUUGGAAGUAAGAAAAAGAAUUCUUGAAAAAAUCGCCCUUGGGAGUUCCUAUUUCAUAACACUUUUUAACUGUUUUGUUACUAAUUUCAUUGACAACAUAAUUAAUAAUAAAGAUAAUCCUAAGCAACAGCAACAUUACCUUGAUAGUUAUUUUUCAUUGAUAAGUUCUGUUUUGGAAUAUGAUGAAUUUCUUACAGAUUAUCAAGCUGUACAUAAAAUUGAUCAGCAACUGCAAAUAAUUGAAGAUUUCUGCAAAGACAUGGAAUUAACAAGAACACGUUAUAUAAAAGAUUGUUUAUAUAAUUUAACACCUAAAAAGAAAGAAAAGAUUGAGGCCACCGAAGAAACUACAUCUGAAGAAGAUGAUGAUUCCUAUGAAGAUGAAGAAGAACCUUUGGAUGUAUCUUCAACCCCCUCAACGAAUGGUAUUGUAAUACCUUCGGAGGACGAAUUAAGUGGGCUUAUUAGUAUUGUACAGGAUGUUUGCCCACAUGUGGGUUCAGGUUUUGUGUUAAGAUGUUUAGAAGAAAUGAAGUUUGAUCCAAUUCAAGUUAUUAGAGCCAUACAAUCAAACAGUUUACCAAAUGUGCUUCAAAACGUUCCAAGAGAUUUGGUAUAUGUACCUCCAGAAAAACCAGAACAGUCGGAAAUUCCCAUUCUAGCUUAUAGAGGCAAAAAACCACAGCAUCAGGAUGCAAAUGCUCUUUUAAAUGACAAGAGUGAUAUUCAGGAUAUCAAGGAUUUUGUUAUACAAACCACUUAUGACAAUUAUGAUCCUUAUGAUGACGAAUACGAUGAUGCAGAGGAAGACCCUAUUUUAAAUUUCGAUAGGUCGGAAGCGGACCCGGAAAUUAAUCCUAAUAUGAAUAAAUUUCAGGAAUACGAAGUGGUUUCCGAUCCCAGCGAAUCUUCUGAAGAAGAGGAAGAAAUGACGCAAGAUAAUGAUCGUCAAUCUAGGGACGCUUUUUGUGAAAAUCCAGAAGUUAUAAGGGCAAGGAGGGAAGCAAGAAGGGCUCAAACAUAUCGAAGAGGCGGAGGAGGUGGUGGGCCAAGUAAUAGGGAUGUCGUAGGUAAACCGAAAGGUCAAGGACAGGAGAAGAACGUUCAAGCCAAUAGAGAUAAAAAGAAUGUGCAUAAGUCAAGUAGGGCGAAUCACAAUAGAAAAGGUGGUGCCCAAUGGAAAAGAAGUAGAGGAAUGGUACCAUCCUAAGUCAUAAUAAAAAUACUUAUAGGUUAUGCUCCUCAAGGAGCUGUGAAAGGUUUUGUGAUUGUCUGUAGUAAAAAAAAUACAAUAGAAGUUUUUUUUCGUUUACU